AUGAAUGCGCUCAACAAACCCGACCGGGAUGACCCCUCUGAACAGGACUCCGCUGUCUUGGAGGAUGUUGUCUGGAGGAAGUUUGAUAGACGGGUUCUCCCCUUGUGCACCGCGUUUUACUUGAUUUCGUUCUUCGAUACGAAUAACAUCGGAAAUGCACUUGUCGCUGGUAUGCAGACAGCGCUGAAAAUUUCAGACUACCAGUUCACCGUGGCUUUAACGCUCACUUUUGUCCCCUUCAUCGUUAUGGAGUUGCCUUCAAACCUGAUCCUGAAACGUGUCGGACCAGAUCGCAUGCUACCUGCUAUGGUCACCAUGUGGGGCAUAAUUGCUGGAAUGCAAGGACUCGUCACUAGUUACACUGGACUAGUGUUAUGUCGAUUGGUCCUGGGAUUAACGCAAGGUGGCCUUUUUCCAGGGCUUGUUCUCUACCUUUCUUCCUUCUAUCCAAGAGAAAGAUUGCAGAUCAGGAUAACUACAUUCUUUGCCGCAGCCUCGUUGACAGGGGCCUUCAGUGGAUUGCUAGCUGCUGCCAUAACACAUAUGGACGGAAUAGGUGGGAAGCCAGGGUGGACUUGGAUAUUCUUCGUUGAGGGGAUGUUCACCUUCCUAUUCGGUAUCAUCUCAUUUUUCGUCCUUCCUCGGUCUCCAGAGACUGCGGGUUUUUUAUCCUCGGAGGAAAGACGUUACGUUGUCUCAAAACUCAAGAGCAGCAAGGCUAUCUCUGAGGAUGAAAGGAAGGAUGACUUCAGCUGGAUAGAAGUAUUGCGAGCAUUUAAAUCCCCGCAAGUUUUGCUGCUCAGUGUGAUCACAUUUUUCAAUGGUGUGUCAAUUAUCAUCUUGUCUCCUUACGUCUUUGAACCAACAAUCGUUGCUGGCCUGGGGUACACUGGCAAUAAGGCACAACUUAUGAGCGUUCCCCCCUUCGUCCUUGCAUUUUUGGCCUCUGUGAUUUCUGCAUUCGUUUCUGAUCGAUAUGGCUGCCGCGGCCUUACGAUGAUAUUUUUCUCGCUCUGGUGCUUAAUAGGGUUUUCCAUGUUCUAUGCGAGCACUUCCCAACACGUCCGCUAUGCUUCACUUUUCUUCUCUGUGACUGGCACAUACGCCAUUGCUCCAGCUGGAGUCACUUGGAUUGUCAAUAACAGUGCACCUCACAUCCGACGGGCAAGUAGCGUUGCCUUCGCGUCCGUUACAAGCACUGUAGGCGGCAUUCUUGCCAUCUGGUUGCUUGGCUCCUUGUCACCUGGCCCAAAUUACACGACAGCCACAAUCAUACUGAUGGUCAUGUCCAUUGGUAUAGUCGUCCUUGCAUCUCUGAAUCUGUUCUAUCUUUCACAUCAGAACCGUGCGAAGGCGGAGACAAGACUUUCCAUGGUGAAAGGUGAGGAGCCCGAACAUUUGGGGGAUCGCAGUGCAUGGUUCGUCUACACCCUGUAA